CAGUCUACAUUCCUUAUCGAUAUCCUGUCCUCGAUACUGGGAUAGUUCACUCUCUACUCCGACUCUGUUCUAUGCAUUCACGGCAUCCCGUCUUUCGUUUUGACAUCUCCUUCGCAUACGACCAUCUUAUUACCUUCCGAUUACUUCUCUUGAGGCCGUUUCCAGCAAUUCCUACUACCUCUGGUUGAACCCCCUCCGCCGCUCUCCAGCUGCUCGUCGCAUGGAUACACGCACUUCUAUCUUGUCUUUAACCUCAAAAUACUCCAGUCUUGUGACUCAAUAUAUGCAUCAUUCAGUUCUUGACCACGGACAGCUUCACGUGAGCUUCACGAUCCUAAAUGCGGUGAAGACAUCAGACGUUGGGUUAGAGGAUCCAGAGGAAAGACGUGGGGUAACACAAUUAUUGGAGGUCAAACUAUCCAUCACCCUCACGCCCGUCACCUUAUUCAAUCAACCCCACCACCGUCUACCCACCAUCCGCAACAACAACAUCGCCCUUCAGUUUACAUCUCGAGUCCUCUAAUACGACGCCAAGAUGGAUAUCCGGAACGUUUGAACGGUGGUCGUCCCAUGACGUGCACCCGCCGUGGCUCCCACUACGAUGUCGAGUGCGAACUCGAUACAGUCAGUACCGAAGGCUAGCUCGAAAUUGUCGCAGGUCGCGAGGUCGAUGUUGGCUGGUGAUGCCGCUGCUGCUGUUAGUGAGAAUGGCAAUGGAAAGGUAGACAACAGG